GAAUUUUGCAAGCGCCAAGUUAACCCUGGUGAGAAGCAGACAGCCGACCUCGGUAGCGGACAUGGAGAACAAAACGAUCGGCAUAGUUGGCUCAGGAAACUGGGGAUCAGCAAUUGCCAAAAUCCUGGGUAGGAAUGUCCAGGAGAGAGCAGAGAUGUUCAACUCGGAAAUCAGAAUGUACAUGUACGAGGAAAUGAUUGAUGGUAGGAAGCUGACAGAAAUCGUAAACACUGACCACGAGAAUGUGAAAUACCUACCAGGCAUCAAACUCCCAGAAAAUGUGGUUGCCAUUCCUGAUUUGUUAGAGGCCACAACAGGAGCUGAUAUACUUGUGUUUGUUCUACCACACCAGUACGUCAAAAAAAUCUGCAGCACUCUCAAGGGAAACAUUAAAAGUAAUGCAGUGGCCGUCUCCCUUAUCAAGGGAUUUUCCAUCCAUGAUGAUGGUGUGGUGGUCCCGAUGUCUAAAGUGAUCAGUGAGGCAUUAGAAAUUCCAUGUGCAGCAUUAAGUGGUGCUAACCUUGCCACAGAAGUGGCUCAGGAACAGUUCUGUGAAUCCACCAUUGGAUGUGAUGAUGAGGACACUGGGCAGCUACUGAAGGAUUUGUUUGAGACUCCUUAUUUCAGGGUGGCUAUUGUUCAGGACAGACAGACGGUCGAAGCAUGUGGUGCGUUAAAGAACAUAGUCGGUAUAGGAGCUGGGAUUGUGGAUGGUCUAGGAUAUGGAGACAACACGAAAGCUGCUGUCAUCAGACUGGGGCUGAUGGAGAUGAUUAAGGCCACAGAAAUGUUUAUCCCAGAGAUGAAAGUGACCACCUUCUUUGAGAGUUGUGGUAUUGCAGACUUAGUAGCUACAUGUCAUGGAGGAAGAAACAGACUGCUGGGAGAAUCUGUCAUUAGUUCAGAUAAGACAAUAAAACAACUAGAAAAAGAGUUAAUGAAGGGGCAAAGUUUCCAAGGUCCGCUAAUCGCCAGAGAAAUCUACACAAUGCUGGAGAAGAGAAAUAUGACAGAUAAGUUUCCCCUGUUUACCGCCAUUCAUAAGAUCUGUAUCCGGGAAAUGGAUCCCAAGGAGUUUAUAUCCUGUCUCAGGAAUCACCCAGAACAUUUAUAGAGAUAUCAGUCACAGCAUCCAGAUUUUGUACAUCACUAUUUAAUCGCAAAUUUUAUUUCCAUCAAUUUCUGAUAUCGCCUUUACACAAAAAGAAAAUUCUUUUGAAUAUUUUAUCUACUGUAAAAGUGGUUAUUUUCACUGGGGGUUAAGUACACAUUUUUUUUAUGUCCAACUUUAUGCGUGGGGGAAGAAUACAUGGUAACUGAAUAUGAUAUAUAUUAUAUCAAAUAUUUAUAACGUGGGGGGAAUUUACUCGCUUAUUACAUGACUGCGUAAUUAGUGAAAAUUUCGCCCAGGCAUAAAUAACCACUUUUACAGUAUACAAAGUCAGGUCUAUAGUGAUGAACAAAGUGAUUGUCUGUAAGGAUUCUAGAUGUGUGUACAAAGAAAACAUUCAUAGAUAUAUUGUUAUUGACCAUCCAUAGAAUGAUAUAUAUUGUUAUUGACCAUCCAUAGAUAUAUAUUGACCUACAGCAUCAUACUCUAAUUCUCUAGAGGGGUAUGAUAGAAUUACUGUAAAGGGCUGUGAGGGUGUGUAAGAAUUCCUGUAGAGGGCUGUAAGGAGGUGUAAGAGUUACUGUAGAGGGCUGUAAGGAGGUGUAAGAGUUACUGUAGAGGGCUGUGAGGAGGUGUAAGAAUUCCUGUAGAGGGUGUGUAAGAAUUCCUGUAGAGGGCUGUAAGGAGGUGUAAGAGUUACUGUAGAGGGCUGUAAGGAGGUGUAAGAGUUACUGUAGAGGGCUGUGAGGAGGUGUAAGAAUUCCUGGUGAGGGUGUGUAAGAAUUCCUGUAGAGUGCUGUAAGGAGGUGUAAGAGUUACUGCAGAGGGCUGUAAGGAGGUGUAAGAGUUACUGUAGAGGGCUGUGAGGUGUAAGAGUUGCUGUAGAGUGCUGUGAGGAGGUGUAAGAAUUCCUGUAGAGUGCUGUGAGGAGGUGUAAGAGUUACUGUAGAGGGCUGUGAGGAGGUGUAAGAGUUACUGUAGAGUGCUGUGAGGAGGUGUAAGAGUUACUGUAGAGGGCUGUGAGGAGGUGUAAGAGUUAAUGGAUGUGAGGAGUUGUCAAUUUUGACUGCAUAUGUAUCAUUUAUGAGGGAGUCCUGUUCUCUUGAGGCAGUGGGCCAGAUCCUCAAAAAUAUGAUUUUUAAAGAUUUCUUUAUUCCCAGACAAGAUGAACAAGAGGCCUCUAUGCAAACUUCUGCAGGAUCUCCAUAGGUUAAAUAUAUGUAAAAAUUGAUUAUUUCUUUAAUGUCUUUUUUCCUUGCUCCUUGUUCAUUGAUUAAUGAAAAAAUAAGUGCACAGUAAAAGUGAAUAGAUAGGUCUUGAUGACAGAAACUUUAAUUAAUUGCCCCAUUGUCAGGGACUCUGAAGCUAGGACAGAUCAUGUAGAUAAUUGUAAGAGCAAGGAUACUUCGUCUUAGUUUGUAAAAUUUAGAAUACUUGGUUUUAUUGAUCUGAUACUGAGGAAAGUCUUGGGAUUAGGGUCUAUUCUACCAUGAUUAUUGCAAAGAUCAAAGGAAUGCUGCAGCCAUUAUUCUGCAAUAUACCCUCCUACGUAAUAACUGAUUAUGAAAAAAUUGAUUCACAUCUAAAUUGCACUCCCGUGUUUUGCUAAUAAAACAAUGAAGUUGAUAACUGAUAAUUCAAUUUUUUAAUCAUAAAAAUUAAUCAAUAUAUUUUGCAAAACAAAUUCAAAAUGACUGAAGAAUAUUUGUUAUUCGAUAUGAAUUAAUCAUCUGCAUUACGUCAUUGAUACACAUAUAAACAAACAUGGCAAUGCACAGACAAGUUCACCUGAUGCUCAAUUUUCUUGGACUGCGUAUUCAAAGCAGUUGAUAGAAUCGGUCAACAUCAAACUAAAUACUUGAAAUAUUUUUCAAAAUAAAUGUAGUUUCCCCUACUAUUUCACCUUUUUCGUCAGCAAAAACAUGCAGGUGUAUUCCGUUGUGGAAACUGCCAUGCCAUAACAAAGUGACCUAAUUUGUAGCUGUAUAUUAAGUAAAUGAUCUGCUGUAUAUUCCCAAACCGAAAUUUUUGAAAUAUAAAAGCCUAAGAGGUUAUCUUGCAACAUUCACAAAAACUCAAACUUUAUUUCUUAAAUUCAAAUCGGUAAAAGGUAAGAAAAGGUCAUUGGCAUUAUUAGGGAUUGUACCAUAUUCCUCCUCUGUUUUUUUAACGAGUAAGUUCUUGCAAUAAAUAAUGGUAAUGUAUUUUUAUAAAUAGGUCUCUAAAUUCUUGCAAUAAGUUUUGAUUAUAUAUGGACUGUGCAUUGCUUUGGAUCUUUUUGUAUUUAUUGGGCAUAAACGUAAAUUUGAACCUCGACAGUAUCUCGAAAAUCAAUCUCAAAUACAAGGGAUAUGCCGAAGUGAGUUUGGGGUCCCAACUAUCUUUUCUUUAUGUAUGUACCCAAUAUCUCAAACCCUUAGAUAUCUUUCAGUUUUCUCUAUGUCCGAUUGAGUUUGAGAUAAUUAGGUUUGACUGUAUUAUGAAAAGUUGUUCUUCAUUUACAUGUAGGUUAUGCCCGAUUCAAUGAAAUGAACACCAUAUCCUUGUCCUUUGCUUUCUGCAACAGUAGAAAUUCUACUUGCCAUUUGUUAGUAUAUAUUUUCACCCAUACUAAAUAUCUAGUUUUCAUUUUAUCAAAUAUGCAAUUUUUCUUGUACUAUUUUUAUUCACUUUUGCAUGUUAUUUUGUUUGUUUUGAUUUUAACCUUUAACCCUUUUUUUGUAUGAAUCUAUUAUUAUUUUUGAUACUGCAUUAGAAGUCCUGUACAGAUUAAUGUAAAAUUUCAUGACUUAAUUUCAUUGAUAAUGAUUUCAUUUUAUUUAUUAUAAUAUUUCACGUUUUCCGAGUCUGUAGGUAAUUUGAAAUGUGGAUUUCCGUGCAGUGAAAGCUGUACCGGAAUGAUUGAUUGGACAGUACUUGUGAUGUUUGUAGUGUUAAGUUACUAUGCGAGUAGUAUCAAUGUAAUGAACAGGAUUCAGUCAGUUCAGAAGAUCUACUGAAAGUGUACUCUCAUAUAAAAUUACAAUGUGAAAUACGUCCCAUUUUUAACUUUUUCUGCAGGAAAUAAAGUAAGUGUUGCUGUGUUACUAAUACGGUGCUGCCUGACAAGUGUACAGAGAUUUCCUGUUUCCUAUACUUAGCAAGUGUCAGAUGUUGUAGCUUAUAAGUUACUAUUUAUAUAAUGUAGUUAUUUUACAUGUAUUUCUCUCUCAUGAUAUGCUUCAUGCGAAUUCUAGAUUUUUGUUAGAAAAUCCAGCAUUAUUGAUUAUGUUUUACAUGUAUACUGGAUUGUUUUUGGAAUUGAAUUGUUGAUAUAUAAACGUUUUAACUAUCAAACAAAUGAAAAUUUA